UGUUACUAGAUGUGUCCAUUGUCUGAAGUGAACUUCCUCUUGGCUUCUUUCUCUGGCUCUGUGGAGUGAGCAGUGGGCAGGUCACCACCAGGAAGGGCUGUGUUUACAGCCCUGGCCACAAACGGAAUUUAAGCUUUUGAUCAAUGAAGCUGAUAGGGAAAUUCCAGCCCCAAAAUAAAUGCAAAGGCUGAUUUGCCCAGAGAAAGUCUGGACAGCUGCUAUACUGGUGGAAGAAAACAAAGAAUAUGAUGGAGGAGAUACUUAUCCAGAGGUGCGGUACCAUCCAACUCUUAUUUGCAGGUUUCGUGGUGGGACAGGAGGCAGAACCACAGACUAAUCAGUUCUUUUCAAAUGGUGCAUUGCCACCCUUUAGGGGAUAGUAAAAUUAUUUCAUCCAAGCAUCAAAAAUGCUUUAAAAUUGAAACAGAGCAGCACAGAGAAAAACAGAAUAACCAGAGAAUAUCAUAGUACCUUGCAUGCAGUAAAGGACCCUCGCUUUGUUUCCAAAUGCCCGAGUUCGUAGAUUACUAUUGAUGCUGACGUCUGUCUUAGUUUUCUGGGUCAUUUACUUCUCUGCGAAGGACCACACAAAGUUCAUAUUUAGCUUGAGAAACCCUCUCUAUCUGAAUCAUUGGAAUAUCUUUAGAAAGUCCUUCCCAGAAGCUCUGCUGGAUCUAGAAGCUUCACCAACAGAGACUGAGCUGAGAAUAAAAGGAAUCAUGGAGAAACUAGACCAGCUGAUGCCACCCAGACCCUUCACCAACAUCACCACCACCACCAGCGCCAAACACAGCAGAGCCACCAUCCUCAACCCUCAAGACACAUACUGCAGGGGGGACCAGCUAGACGUCUUGCUGGAGGUGAAGGACCACUUGGGACGCAGGAAGCAAUAUGGCGGGGAUUUCCUGAGGGCCAGGAUGUUCUCCCCAGCCCUGAAGGCAGGCGCUUCAGGAAAGGUGACAGACUUCAACAAUGGCACCUACCUGGUCAGCUUCACUCUGUUCUGGGAGGGCAAGGUCUCUCUGUCUCUCCUGCUCAUCCACCCCAGUGAAGGGGUGUCGGCUCUCUGGAGGGCAAGGAACCAAGGCCAUGACAAGGUGGUCUUCACAGGCCGGUUUGCCAAUGGCACCUCCCAGGUCUUCUCUCAGUGUGGCCUGACCCCACACUCCAAUGCUGAGCUGUGUGAGUACCUGGACUAUCGUGACCAGGAAGCCUUCUACUGCGUGAGGCCUCCACAUGUUCCCUGUGAGGCACUGACCCACAUGACCACCAGGAAUGCAAACAUUUCCUAUCUUAGCAAGAAAGAAUGGAGCCUUUUCCACAGGUCCAACAUGGGGGUUGAAAUAAUGAAGAACUUCAACCCCAUCGAGGUCUUACCAUGUAACAAGAGUGAGAACAUAGAAACAAAAUGUCAGCUUGGAAUGAAGAGUCCUUUCCCCAGUGGUUAUACUGUGGAAAGAAGGUGGAUUACAGUAUUUUGCAAACAGAUGGAGUUAAAUGAAAGAAAAAAUACAAAUGACUGCUUAAAGAGGAAACUUAUUUACCUCAUGGGAGAUUCAACAUUGCGUCAGUGGAUUUACUACUUACAAAAUGCGGUGAAAACCUUAAAAGUUUUUGAUCAUCAUGGAGUUGGAGUCUUUAAAACACACGUGCUUCUGGAUGCUGAAAGACAUACUUUGAUUCAGUGGAAAAAGCAUAGUCAUCCAUUUGUUACCCAACAGCUGUUCUCAGUGAAAGAUGAAAAUUACAUCCCACGGGAAAUCGACCAGAUAGCGGGAGACGAUGGCACAGUCAUUGUCAUUACCCUCGGUCAGCAUUUCAGACCCUUUCCCAUCAAAAUUUUUAUCCGUAGGGCCAUCAAUAUUCAAAAGGCCAUUGAACGUCUGUUCUUGCGAAGCCCAAAGACCAAGGUGAUCCUUAAAACUGAAAACACCAGGGAGAUGUAUCUAAAUGCAGAGCUGUUCAGUGACUUUCAUGGUCAUAUUCAGAAUCUUAUCAUGAGGGGUAUUUUUGAGGGUCUCAAUGUGGGCGUCAUUGACGCCUGGGACAUGACUAUUGCAUAUGACACUAGAAAUGUCCACCCACCUGAUUACGUGAUUGGAAAUCAGAUUAACAUGUUCUUAAACUACAUUUGCUAGAGGAUAAAUACAGAAAAGCGGUACCAGCCAUUCUCUCUAAAUGACCUCACUUACACUACAAGGAUAGUUUAAUGCAGUCCAAAGUAGGAGGAAACAAAAAAUUUUUAAAUUAUUGUUAAAAUAUACAUAAUAAAAUUUACCAUUUAAACCACUUUUAAGUGUGCAACUCAGUAGUCCAGUUAACUACAUUCACAACAUUAUGCAACUACCAACAUGAUCUAUCCCUAUAAUUUUUCAUCACCCCAAACAGAAACGUAUCCAUUAAACAACAAUUCUCCAUUUCCCUUACCCCUAGCCCCUGGCAACCGUCAUUCUACUUUCUGUCUCUAUGAAUUAGACCAUUCCAGGUAAUUCAUAUAAGUGGGAUUAUGUAGUGUGUGUCUUUUGUACUGUCUUAUUUCACUAUUUCAUUAUUUCAUCACAUAAUGUCUUUAAGGUUCAUUCAUGUUGUAGCGUAUGUCAGAAUUUCCUUCCUUUUUAAAAGGCUGAAUAAUAUUCCGUUGUAUGUAUGUAUCACAUUUUGUUAUCCAUUCAUCUGUUGAUGGGUACUUGGGUUAUUUCCAUCUUUUGGAUAUUGUGAGUAAUGCUGCUAUGAAGAGGAAGCCAAAUUUAAAGAGAAUAAAGGGAAUUAUGGAGAAACUAGACCAGCUGAUGCCACCCAGACCCUUCUCCAACAUCACCACCACCAUCAGCGCCAAACACAGCAGAGGCACCAUCCUCAACCCUCAAGACACAUACUGCAGGGGGGACCAGCUAGACGUCCUGCUGAAAGUGAAGGACCACUUGGGACGCAGGAAGCAAUAUGGCGGGGAUUUCCUGAGGGCCAGGAUGUCCUCCCCAGCCCUGAAGGUAGGCGCUUCGGGAAAGGUGAGUAUGAUGACAGUACAGGAAAACAUCAUCAUUCAUAGUUUAAUUUUAAGAAAUGUAUGUCCUGGAAAGGGGGAAUCUAAAUGAUUCAAGUAUAGAGAAAAUGGGAAGUGUAGGAGAAAACCUAGCGGAAUCAUAAUAGCAAACUUUUUUGCUUAAGGGAAUUCUUUGAAAUGUGGAAACCAGUUGUUCUCUCGACUGCAGUAAGAAGCAGGGAUCACAGCCCCACAUCCACAAACUCAUUGAGAGAAACAAGCUAAACAUUCUGUCAAGGUCCAGGUCCUAUAACCUCAGUUCUUGCUGACCCUAAGAGUAUGAGGUGAGGUCCCCUCCAGAGGAACUCAAAUGACUUUAUAUGCUUUGUCUCUAAAUUGUCCUCUCAGAAUUAAAGUACCCUCCCUUUGCAUUAAUAUAGUUGAGGUCCCAAGGGUGGAAAUAUGGUUGAUUAAGGAUGAUUUCUUGGUUUGGAAUAUGUUUCUUAGGGAGAGGAAGUGAAGUACAGAGGUCAAGGCAUACAGCUUAAGACCAGGCUCUUCUAAAUAAAGGAACACACAUUAGAAAUCUUUUCCUUUUAUGAAGCUACAAAUUGGUUCUAAUUCUUUGCAUAGGAAUCUUUCAAAAUAAAUCUCAUUAUUCUUUCAAUCAUUGCACUCUUAAAUGCUCACAUGAGUUAUCAUUUUUCCACCAAAGUUACCUUAGUUUCCUUUAACCUAAUUCUAAGAUGAUAAAGUUUCUAGUUUUGUUACCAUUACUCUUCUCUGAUUGCACUGAAGUGUGUCUGUAUCAUUCUGCAGCAUGACUUCUACCCCAUCUCUUACCUCAACAAAUUGAAUGUCCUAAUUUAAAUGUGAUCAAUCAGCAUAGAAUAAUGAAGUUCUAUUACAUCUCUUGUUCUAAGGCUGCACUGUACAAUAUUAUAGCCAUUAGUCACAUGUGGCUGUUUAAAUUAAAAUCAAUUCCUUGGUUAUACUAAUCACAUUUCAAGCGUUCAGUAGCCACAUGUGGCUAGUGGCACUGUACUGACAGUACAAUAUUUGCUUUCAUUUGUUUCUGGAGAGUAUUUUUUAAAAAUGUUUUGUUGUAAUAUUUUUGAUGUGUUUUUAAAAAUAAGCCUAAUGAUAUUUUAUAAUCUUUAUGGUGAGUAAAAAAAAAUCAUUGAAUGUUGCUAAGUGUCAGAUUCAACUUUUAAGCCAUUUUCUAUUGGUCAGUCUUUUAAAGAAAUCCUGGUAUCUAUAUAUUUAAUAACGUCCUGGUCUUCAUGUGAUAGCCUCAGGUUACUGCAGAUACUGAUUAUGUCGCUAAUAUAUGACUUGAACAAGCCAUUUGAAAUGGUAAAGAUGCUCUUUACUGGUAUUAUCAAGCCUCUUUCAAAAACCUUUGUGUG